CUGCUACUCAUGUUAAAAGGCCAACACCCCCUAAAAAUCGUGUGUACAACAGAGGCUUCUUUGGCUUCACAGCUGGGACUGACAUCGUACAAAGCGGCUGAUUCACAGAAGCUGGUAGGGUGGAGCUGUUUCUACCUGGAAACACAUACUUUGGUGGUUCGAGGAUUCAAAAAGGACAGUUGUUGCGUGACUUUAGACUGCUUACAUCGACUUCACACAGGUAUGAGCCAACCGCCCCGUUCAAACCGGGGACACCGGGAGAGGAAUGGAGACCAUCGACCGAGAAGCGGAGACUCCCGGUCGUCCCGGGAUGACCGGCGAUCAUAUCCCGACAGCUCCUCCUCUCACCCUCCAUACUACCCCCGAGAUGCUGACCCCUCUUCCAGAUACGCACGUGAUGUUCCUCGAAUGGAGCACCAUGACUCCAAAUGUGCAAACGUUUGUUCCAGAAGAGGCAUCGUGCUGAUCUGUGCUGUGCUGACCAACUUCCUGAUGCUGAUCUGUCUGAUCACAGCUCAGAUGGUCACCUCAGGCAUGACCUCCAUGGCUGGAAUGAGCAGCUUAAACAUCAACACUGACAUCUCCCUGCAGGGCACAGAGCUGCAGAAGGUACGAGAGCUGGACAUGCAGUACAGCCAGAUGAGGGCACCGGGCACCUAUGGCGGAAUCGCCUUCAUCCUGAUCUUUGGGGUCAUCUCGCUGCUGUUUGUGGUUGCCGGUAACAAACCCCCCCAGCUGAUGUCAUGGAAGCUCCUGGUUGGAUCGCUGGUGUUCCAGGCAGUGGGUGCGGUGGUCUACGUGGUGGCCAUCGGCCUCUAUUUGCACUUUGUGAUCCAGGUCAACUCCACAGAUGUGUGCAAACAGCGCGAGAGGAUUUAUUCACGAAAUGGCUACACCUGGAUGAACUGCAGCGUGAGCGGGGGGGAUGCAGCCGUGGCUCUGUUUGGGAUCAUCACCGCCAUCUUGUACACAGCAGGCACAGUGCUCACAGUCCAGACCAUCAGAGGGGUGAAGCGCUACCUCCAGGAGCGAAAGAGGCGAGAGGCAGAGAAACAGCAAGCCCGAGCCAACCCACAGAGAGCCCCGCUGAGGGCCGAAACCAUCUCUGUGUGAGGGACGGAUGGGAGAGACGUUUGCCGUCUGCUCUUGGUCUGAAUUUGGAUUUUUUCUGAUAUUAGGAAGAUUACUUCCUGCUACAUAGUGAACUUGCUCCAAAGCACUGAAGCCGAAAAUAUGACAGACAACUUGAUCAGUAAGAUCAAGAAGAAAAAUGACCCCAGCUUUUCUCCUCUGGCCCCACAUGGACACGGAUAACAUGUUUACUGUAGGGGCCAGGUUAGUUUUUCAUGCUGCAGAGCCACUAAGAGCUCGCAAUGGGAUAUGGGAUUUGGUGCUUAUGUUGCUCUUUGCAAUGCACUCCAUGUUCUGAGCAAGUGGAUCUCCCUGAACUGCAAUUUUUCCUCAUUUACUCCAGAUGCUCCCCACACCCAGCAGAAAUCCACCAGAUGUAAUUUGUAGAUGCAGCACAUGUUGAAUCCUCACGUUCACAAUGACUGCAUACUGCAGCAUUCAGGCUGGGUGCAGGAUGGCCAAAACUGAAUUUUUUUAACAGAUCAGAAAAUGAUUUAGAAAAUGCAACUCUGUGGCUCCAUACCAUUAAAUAUUGUUAAAGAUUUAAGACUAUGACCAGGAACUAGUUCUGGGAUUAAAACAAACAAUUUAACACACCAGUACUGUGAUGACUUAUAGUUACCUGUGACUUGCAGCCUUUUUCAGAGCUCUGCGUCUGAAUCUCAGGAUAACGUGCUGUUUAGGCAUCUGCACAGUGGAAUAAAUGGCUGGAAGUCAUCACAAUUUUUUAGUUUUUGGGUUAAAAUUCUAGCUGUCUCUAGCUGCAUAUUGUUUAUCUACUGUGGUAUAAUUGCAUUUUUUAGUUAGUGUCCUGUUUUUUUAAUCAUUUGAGCCAGUUGAUCUGACACUAGUCAUUCUCAGAUGCAGACUGUUGUGAAUGAACCGGUUUUAUAUGCGGGAUGUGAUGUUUAUAUAAAGGUUAUUAACAUAAUAAGUUUAUUUUGAUAUUUUUUGUAUAUAUGACAUUGUGAUGCAACUUUUUUUAUAAUCUAAUUAAAUUUAAGUGAUUUCAUUUAUGGCGGUUUUGGGAAUAUUCUUGUAAUAAACUAACCCAGCAGUAGGGGGCGCCAGGACUUCUUACAGUGCUGACCUGUCCUGCUGUCUUGGUGGUCCUCUGUC